AUGUUUUUAGUAUGGCUGUUCGGAGUUGUGGCACCGUUCCUCAUUCUUCUCCAAUGUCACAAACCAAAGAGUCGUAAACUAAAAUCCAAACGAAAGGUAUUUGAUGUACCUCCACAUCUUCAAGAUACACGACGACAAAGCGACAUCAUCGGCGACAAAGCUCCAGAAGUGGCGGAAGAUAAAGAUAAGUCAAGUGAGUCUACCAGCGGCAGGAGGAAGAGUAAAAUCGUGAAGACAGUUAGUGUAAGUUGAGUUAUUCCGGUGUAAAAUUCUUUUCUCAUACCUAAAAACUAAGCUAUACUGUUCUGGGCGUGAAACUGUGUAGCCAGGUGAUAAAUUAGACCUCAUGUUACCUACUAUAACAUCGAUUUUUAAUGUCAUUUCAGACAGAAAAGAAGACUUUCCUCGUUGACAACCGCGACGGCGACUUCAAGAUCCGAGAAGUUGAAGAUAAGAAGACUCAUAGUACACAAGAGAUUGGCCCCAGCUCUCAAGUCGAUAUUACACUUGUAAGUUAAUUAUCGUUAAAACUGUUUAAAAUUUUUUACAAUGUCUAUAUACAGACCUAACUAUAAGCCUAUAUUCCUUUUCUUAUACCUAAAAUCACUUAACCAUCAAAAAGAAAUAUAGAUUACCUUAAAAUGUCCUUUAUAUUGCCAUUUCCAACAAUCCAUCCACUUUCAGACGCCGAAAAAACCGUUAGAAGACGCGAAUCCAGACGUAGAAACCCUUCGACCGCCUCCGGAAAUCACAAAAGUCGCUCAACGUGAUGUCGGCAACGGGAAAGCAGACGCUGAAGAUCCUCAAUAUGCAACGCUGAAAAUAGACGAAGAUUGGGACAGUAAACGCGACAAUUUCCCCGAAUUUAUCGACCAAGUUCACAAAAGCGGCAGUGGAAGCGAAGGAUCAGACGAUAAAAUUCUGAAGGAAGUCAAAGGCGACACUCUGAAGUCGAGAAGAGAUAAGUCUCAGCAGCAAAACAGGAAAAAGAUGCUAACAUCGGGUACAAGCGAGAAAUAA